UCUGACCGUCACCUCAGGAGGCUUCUGCCCGGGCACCCAGCUGGCAGGCAGACUGUCCCCAAACAGGGUGUCCCCGUGCUGUGUGUGCCGGGCAGGACCUGCUGGGCACUGCUGGCAUGGUGCUGGGGAGGCGGAGCUGCACCGUUGCUUCUUGAGCAAAUGGGACUUGGAGGAGGCUGGUGGCACUGGCAACAUCGUGCUGGGGAUGUUGGGAGGUGCUGGGCAGCACCUGGAGCCUGGGGCAUGAUGUUCUGUGAGUCUGGCGUGGUGCUGCGGGGCAGUUGGGCCGAGCUGGGUGAGAGUCGUCAGCUUUUCCGUGGGGCUGGGGGGUCGCUGGGAGGCUGGUCUGGAGUGAAUGCGGCUGGCUUCUCCGUGGGGCUGGGGGUGCGUAUGGGAGGGAUGCACUGAGCCGUGGGUCAGCCAUUGACUGUUGUGCCGCCGUUUUUCUGAUGUCACAGGGAUUUCCGAGGGUCUGGCUGGGGCACGGGGGAGCAGUGGUGAGUGCCAGUGUCUGGCAAGGGGAUCGGCGUGUGUGAGGGCACCUUUUGGAGCGCUGCCCCAUGCCAUGGUGCCAGGCAAGGUACAUGCAUGGUGCUGACUGAGCGCCUGCCCUCUGUCACUCGCAGGCAGCCCCCGCAGUUGCUGGAGCCCCCCGGCACCCCCGUGUGCGACCCCAGGAAGUUGCGGCUGAUAGAGGAUGCUGAGGACUGGCAGCCCCGCACCGGCACCUCCCAGUCCCGCUCCUUCCUCAAACUGGCCCGGCUGACGGGCACAGACGGCAUGGAGGAUCGUGAGGAUGAGCUUGUUAAAAAGCCCAGAGCCGAGAUGUUGGCUGAGCCACACGAUGAGCGACUGCCCAUGCCUACCCACUGCUCUGACUGUCACCUUGGGAGGGUCCUGCCUGGGCUCCCGGUGGCCAGGCAGGCUGUCCCCAGCCAGGCUGUCCCCACACUGGCCUGUCCCCGUGCCAGGUGUCCUGGGCAGGACCCGCUGGGCACUGCUGGCACCAAGCUGAGGAGGCCAAACCGCAGCAUGGUGUCCUGGACACAGUGGGGAUGCCGGUGGGUCCAGCUGGGGCACAGGGGAGCAGCGGCAGCCCCCGCAGCCGCUGGAGCCCCCCAGCACCCCCGUAUGCGACCCCGGGAAGUUGCGGCUGAUAGAGGAUGCUGAGGACUGGCAGCCCCGCACCGGGACCUCCCAGUCCCGCUCCUUCCUCAAACUGGCCCGGCUGACGGGCACAGACAGCAUGGAGGAUCGUGAGGAUGAGCUUGUUAAAAAGCCCAGGGAUGCCGGUGGGCCCAGCUGGGGCACAGGGGAGCAGCGGUGAGUUCUGAGGUCUGGCGAGGGGGUCGGCGUGUGUGAGGGCACCUUUCGGAGCGCUGCCCUGUGCCAAAGCA